AUGGCGGCCGCCUCCUCUGUGUUGCAGCUCCCAUGCCAAGUGUAUUGCGCAAAGUUCAGUCUGAAUCGUGCACAGCAGCUAGUAGGCCUUGGCGGGAAGGACGGUGCUGUGUAUGUAUAUCCGUUCGAGGGCUAUUCCCGUGUCGCCCGCUUAGACGGCGAUGCUUUGCCCCUGACGGCCCUUGCCUUUGACCCGCAGCAACACCAUGUGGUGGGAGGAAGUGAUAGUGGUGGUGUUCGUCUUUGGGACGUCACCACAGAGCAGCCUGUGCGCUCGUUUGCUGCAAGCCAUAAGUCAACCGUGACGUGCGUGGAUUACCACCGCUACACCGACUUUAUCGCCACCUGUUCGCGAGACAAGAGUCUUCGUAUUUGGGACACAAGGAAAAAGAAGUGUCUGCAGUCUUACAAGGGAGCAUCCGCACCGCUGUGUGCCACCCAAUUCUCCCCUAAUGGUAGAUGGGCUGUCAGCGGCUGCGCUGAAGGUAUUAUACGCCUGUACGACUUGGUCUCUGGACGGCAGUUGAAUGAGUUUAAGGCCCAUAGCGGGGCCAUCACAUCUAUUCAUUUUCAUCCUGAGCAAUACUAUAUGGCGGUAGGCAGUAGUGACGGUACUGUGUCGUUGUGGGAGGUAGAGAACUUCACGAGGGUUUUUCAGAGCAAUCCGCUCGAGACACCCGUGGACGCCGUACAUCUAUUUGGAAAGAAGCUGCUUUCGGCGGCCUACCACGUUUUACGCGUUUAUGAUUUUACAAUGAUGAGUGACAACACGGCGACUACCACCGAGUCACCAUGGAGUAUUAUUGGCGACUUAACCUACUCAUCUCUAUCGGAUGAGGCUUGGUUUAUUGAAUUCAGCAGUGCGACGGCGACAAUGGGCCGUCUUCCUCUUGGCUGUAGCAAAUAUGUCAAUUGCCAAACUGAUGCUUCUACGGCUGUGGCGUCUGCGGCGUCGCCGCGUGUAAAUUCAUCGUUUGCAGAAAAUAUGGAAAUGCCGUCGGGUUCCGCGGUGAGCCCAGUGUUGAGGCCUCGGUGGCCGCAGCAGCAACGGCAAGUACGACAACAACAACAACAGACCCCCCCAAUGGUGCGCGUUGAGCCUGCAACUGCCGUGCCCGUCGACGCGUCGCCCGACUCGCAACUGGCGGAGCUACUUGGGUCAAGUGCCCCCAUGCUAUCUGCGCUUCGGCGACGGCUAACGCACAUCCGCGUAGUUCGUUCCCUCUGGGUGCGUGACCCCCCACAGGCCUUGGAGUACCUCAAGCGGCUGUGCGUGGAUAGCUCUGACUGCGGGGCGGUGAGUGACUUCCUGGUGGCGAUGCAGCACAUGCGUAUGAAGGAACGCAUCAGCAUUAGCACGCUCCCCGACUUGCUCGACGUGCUCGCAUACGCGCUGAAGCAUGGGCACGAGCCGUUGCUGGUGGUUGCAGUCAAGGUGUUUCGAAGCAUGAGCAACAAGUUUCGUGCCAAGAUGGACGAGGCCCGGAGAUUUACGGCAUCCUUCCGCACUGUAAAUGCUGGGGCGCCGGAAGCAAUGAUGCGGCAGUACGCCGAGUUAAACACCAAGUUUGAGGAGGUUGCCAUUCUUGUCUACAACCUUCAAGAAACAAAAGGCCCUGUUGGCGAGGAGGUUCGCGAGGCUCUACAGGAACUCCCGAAUUUUUCAUGA